AUGAUUUCAGCUGAUCCGAAAGCGAAAAACGCUUUAAAUACCUUGGGUAUUUUUAGCGAAAUGAAUUACAUCAGUGUUGGCGAUCCAUAUAAAAACAAUAUCCAUGCAGAUACUUUUAACGUCAAUGCACAUAAAGGCAAACAGAUGUUACCGGGUGGAGGUAGAAUGAAAUGUGGAAGCAAUGAUGGCUAUUUCCGCGAAUUUAGUCGUGUUAUGGAGGGGGAAUCCUAUACUGAUAUAUUAAAGACUCGCCGACAAGAUCGAAUUAAAGAUGCUAAAAAGAAUAAAGGCAAAGCAUUUAUACCUACCCAUGGCGAUAUAAAACCAAAUGGCGUCGGAACUUAUUAUGGAACAUUUAGUGGAGUUAUACCAGCUUUUGAUCCUGUUACCCGAAGUCAGCCUAAGGCAAGAGUUACCAAACGGAAUAUUAUGACUAAUCCAGCCAAGAAAGGAUCCGGAUAUGGAUACGCUGAUGUGACUAUCAAUCCAUAUCCAAGCUAUUCCUCAGAAGAAUACGACAAAGAUAAAGAUAUCGCUAUGGAUGAAAUUAGAGAGCAUUAUGAAAAAAGAAAAGGUGCAGCAUUUAAACCUGCAUUGAAAACAGGAGCUUAUUUCGAUCAGAAUCCAUUUAGACCUUAUGAAAAGCAAUCUAAUUCUCGAACACAAAAGCAAAGAAAUAUCCCUAAAGAAAAGAAAUUAGUCAAGCCUUUUAAGCCUACAUCACCAGCUAAAUCGCCUGGGGGUUGUAAAAGUGGAUGUUUUAGCCCUUAUCCAACUCAUUCUGAAGAAAGAGGUGGCAAACCAAUUAAACAAUAUUAUACCGGCAAACCGAUUGGUAAAGGUGUUUUCAUACCUCCAUCAGUCUCUAAAUCGACAACUUCAAAAUCAAUUUUAAAUAUGUCUGUUACAAGGAAAAUUAACCCUUCCAAUUAUCGUCAAUAA